AUGGACUAUUCUACCUCUCUUCUUCUCAACAGGCGUGCCUUUGCGCCGCCUAGCUCCCCCAAUCGCACCCAUCAGAGGGUCCAGUCCGUCGACCACAACUGGCAGAGGUGCCAUCCCGAGCAACCAGCGCCUCUGUAUCCACCGGUUUUAUGGUCUUCAGACUUGUAUGCCCACUCUCAGGGCCAAUCGGACGUCAGCCAGGGGCUGUUGACGCAAGCCGAGUACCCAGAGUCGUCUCAGCGGACGGCCCUCUCGCCAUCGCCCUCCAACGCUCUUCCCUAUCCUCAUCCGCGAUCCCUAUCUCGUUCAUCGACUACCUAUUCUCCAGACACCGACGUCAUGUUUGUGCACCACCCGUAUGGCGACGCGUCGGCAACCACCCCGCCAAGCUCGACCAAUUCACGGCCCGCCUCAGCCGCCGCUCCGGAGCCGCAACUGCACCCACCCGUUGUGCAGCUUGAGCCCUCGAACGCGUCGACCACCGACUCUGCAGACCAUGGCGCUCUCAAAACUGAAGACGACGAGCCUCUUGGGUUCGUCAUGGAGCCAGGAACUUCUACAGGGGGUGGGUGCCUGUCAUUUUCGCCUCUACCCAUGGAGGUACCCCUCCGCGCGACCCAGGCUUCGGAUGACAUGCGAAAGAUGAUGAACGUCUUUCGUCUGAACCCCUUCGCAAACACCGAAGGCAGGCGUGGUGGCUCCUGCUUCUCGGAUUCUUCCUCUGGUCCACCUUCCUCUGAGUCUUCCCCAAAACAUCUCGAGGCCCGCCCGUUAGAAGAGGAACCUCUUCUCUUCGAAUUCCAGGUCGAACUGGACAGACCAGACAUCCUCUCCCCAGAUCCAGACUCUGACUCUGGUAGCGACGAGGGUUCGUCAGGCGGACAGGACGACUCGCCACUAUCAACGCCACCAUUGCCGGCAGUCGACCUCAUUAACGACGAUGAUAACCUGAACCUCCACUCCUUCCCUCCUGAAUUCCAGCUGCACAAGGAAGCCUCCUUCGAUUCUCUCAGCAACUCUAUCCCUCCCCAGGCUGGCUUAUUGAAUUGGGACAAUCACGACUUCGCUUCUGAUGGGUCUUCUUCACUCUAUUCUUGGGACGGGGAUCGCGAAAUCGAUUCUAGCGACGGUGGACGGCGCAGUGCGGCAGGUCACCAUUCGGGUGCAUCCCGGCUCCAUACCACUGUCUCUCAUCCUUACAUCCGCAAGUCCGCCAGGAACUUGUAUCAGCCACAAGAGCAGCGCGAGUACCCCCAGCCGAGUCCAUCUCCCCCGCACGGUGGCAACAUGUACCACCAGAUCCCCAGGUAUGCGCAUGGACAACAGCAGCAGCAUGCUACCUCGGAUUACUUCAACUCUUCCGUCCGCAUGGAGAGUGGCACUGGUAUCUAUCUCGACGAUGGCUCAGCUCCGACGGCAAUACAUCAUCACGCUGCCCUGCCGCAUCGAACCAUGGCUGUUGGCAACUCUACUAACGCGAACAACAGCACCACCUCUCCCAGCAGCACGUCACCUUACACCCAUGAGCCUAUGGUAUCGUCGAUAAUGAUGCGGCAUGGGCAGGAUAGCUUGGGUGGUCAUGGUGGAUCGUUCUCGACCUCGAUGACGCCGCCUCAUCGACGCUGGUCAAUGCCCGAGACAACCGCUUCCAGUCUCGGCAACUCUGCGCAUGCCCACAACCACGGGUAUGGUCAAAUUAUGGUUCCGUCCCUCCCUGUCCAGUCAUACAUGAUUCAUUGA